AUGUCUAGUGGCAGUUCUUUCGCUUCUCCAAUUAUGAAGAGGUUAGAAGGCAAAGUUGCUGUGAUUACGGGCGGUGCAAGUGGCAUUGGCGAAUGCACUGCGAGGCUGUUUGCCGAGCAUGGUGCUAAGGUCAUCAUUGCUGAUGUCCAAGAUGAUCUUGGCCACUCCAUAUGCAAAGAAAUCGAUUCCAUAGAAUCCUUUUCUUAUCUCCACUGCGAUGUAACAAAUGAAUCUGAUGUCAAAAACGUGGUGGACACCGCGAUUUCCAAACAUGGAAAGCUUGAUAUAAUGUUCGGUAAUGCGGGGAUUGCAGGAAAUGCUGAUCCAUCAAUCAUGGGAGGAGCUGAUUAUGACAACUUUAGAAAAGUCAUUGACGUUAAUGUGUUUGGCGCAUUUCUAUGUGCCAAACAUGCUUCUAGGGUAAUGGUCCCUGCCAAGAGAGGAAGCAUUCUUUUUACUUCUAGUAUUUGUUCGGUCACAUCUGGCGAUGCCUCUCAUGCUUAUACUGCGUCUAAGCAUGCGGUGAUAGGGCUGACCAAGAACUUGUGCGUCGAGUUGGGGCAGUAUGGGAUCAGAGUGAACUGUAUUUCUCCAUUUAUGGUCGCCACUCCGGCGCUGCUGAAUACUAUGGGAAUGAAGGAGAAGAAGGAAGCAGAGGAAUUCAUGUGUGGUAUUGCCAACUUGAAAGAGACCACCUUGGAGGCGGAUGAUAUUGCAGAAGCUGCAUUGUACCUUGCCUGUGAUGAAUCCAAGUAUGUUAGUGGGCUAAACCUUGUAGUUGAUGGUGGAUACAGCACAACCAACACUGCUAUGAAGGAAGGCAUCAAGAAACUCAUUGUUUCUUGA